AUGUCCUGGCGUGUAGCGUACCUGUGUGUGUGUGUGUGGGUGUGUGUCGGUGUUACCCACAGCCUACGAGGGAAUCGGAGGGAAGACAAACAGAAGAGCCGCGAUGUGGCAGCUGAGUUGACCGCACCCAUAAGGCCAGUACCCGGUGCUCAGUGUUUGGUGAACGGGAUUUUUCUGUUCGAGGGAGCCGUUUGGUCGCCGGACGAGUGUAACGUGUGUGAGUGCAGGAACGGAGCUGCACAGUGCAAAGGAACACGCUGUGUGGAUACAGCGUUACCUGAUGUGAGACCAGCAGCUCCAGAGCAGAAACCAGUGAGCGGAGUGAAGCUGAACAGAAAAAGUGGCCAGAAAAACGUUAAACCAGCGAAACCAAACCCAGCAAACAGUCCAGCUGCACAGAAGAAGCAGCUUCCACCACCAGCAAGGAAGAAGCAGCAGGAACCAGUUAAACCAGAGCUGUGGGACAGAAACGUCCCAGUGGUUCCUCGUCCCGAGAUCCUGCCGAGACUGACGUUCCAUUACGACGAGCACGACGACGACGACUACGUGGACGACGACAGCGACCCCGAGGACGACGAUGAUAACGACGGUUUCAUCCUAAACAGCAGCCGCACCGGGAGCGUCUCGUUUAACAGACCCACCCUGUUACCACCCACCCAAAAGCCCUCCAAACCCCCCCGCCGAAAACCCUCGGGCAAGGUCGGGGGCAGAGGGGGUAAAGUGGGUGUGGCGGGGCGUCCGGUGAUCCGUCCCUCGACCCAUAUGGAUUCCCUUCCUGCAGGCUGCCUCCUCUCAGAGUCUCUGAUCGCAUGUGGCAGCACCGGGUUAACCAGCCUGCCUCAGAUCAAAGACUCCGGGGUCCGGACCCUCUACCUGUCAGAUAAUAAGAUCAGUAAGGUCUCGAGGAAGGCGCUGCACGGCCUGCCCAACCUGGAGUGGCUCGACCUGAGCAAGAACAAACUGGACGACGUGUCUCUCGGACCCGGUGUGUUCAGGAAUCUGACGAAGCUGCGACGCCUGAAUCUGGACGGGAACAAUCUUACCAAAAUCCCCCCGCUGCCCCCGUCUCUACUCGAGCUGAAGAUCAACGACAACAGACUGAGCGGGAUCACACCACACAGCUUCAAGGGUCUGUCUCACUUGCUGACCCUGGAGUUGGAGGACAAUCACUUCCAUGAUGGGAACGUCUCUCCACUGGCGUUCCGGCCCCUCAAGAAGCUGAUUUACCUCCGUCUGGACGAUAACGAAUUCAGAGCCGUUCCGUCUGGACUGCCUCCAUCCCUCAAGGAGCUUCAUCUGUCCGACAACCGAAUCGAGGUGGUCCACGCCGCGGCGCUCAACAAGACCGUCAACCUACGGGUGCUCAAUCUGAGCCAGAACAAAAUCAGAGAGGAUCGAAUCCCACCGAAAGCCUGGAUACACUUACGUAAGCUGGAGAUGCUGGACCUGUCCCAUAACAAGCUGGUCCACGUGCCGUCCUUCCUGCCGGUCGGCCUCCUCCAGCUCACGCUCCACCACAACCAGAUCGAGAGGAUCCCCGGCUACGUGUUCGGCCACAUGCAGCCCGGCCUCGUCUCAAUCCACCUCUCCUACAACCGCCUGAGAGAGGACGGCAUCAGCGAGGUGUCCUUCGUGGGACUCCACCGUUCCCUGAACGAGCUGCUGCUGGAUCACAACCAGCUCCGGGCCGUCCCGCGCGGGAUCGUCCAGCUCCGCGGCCUCCACGUGCUCCGCCUCAACCACAACUACAUCAGUUCUGUCCCCGUGAACUCUCUGUGUGACCUCACGGCCCGUGACGAUUCGUCUCUGAUCUCGGUUCACCUGCAGAACAACCUGAUCGACCGUCGUUUAGUCCCGCCCACCGCGCUCACCUGUAUCAGAGAGUACAGCAGUGUGAUCCUGCAACCUCAGAGAUACCAACACACCUACGACUAA